AUGGCGAAUUCAUCACGUGAUGUUUCCGAAGCGAUGGGAGCAUUGCACGAAGAGCUCGAGAUACACAAGAUUGAUCUGCAAUGCAUAUUGGAGGAGAGUAGGGUAUUGGUUCAACAGAUACGUUUUGAAAGAAUUUAUACCUACGACCGUAUUGCAUUGAUCAGUUUAAUGGAAGCUCGAUGCGUUCAACUUGACGCAGUGCUUGAACAUCUCCAUUUCAAAAGACUGAAAGUAAUAGAGAUUGCCGCCAAAAUGGAGGAAUUGAACAGAAUAGCGAACCAAUAA